GUUAACUUUACCGGAGCACACUUAAGGAUUUUUCGUGCCCCCGGAGCCAAAGCUCACUCAUUCUUUGAAGAUUCAUAAAUGAGGUGCUAGAAUGGGAGCACGAUUUAACCAUUUUGUGGAUCGGAAGCAACGACAUCACCGGUAAUAGUGACCCAGAUUGACACUUCAUUUAUUAGUGUUAUUGGUUUCUCUGUUUCCCCGCAUUACACACACACUCACACACAUGAUGGGGAGGUCUUCAUAUUGAGGCAGUGAAGAGCUACCAGUACCUAACCUCAUCUUGUAAAGGAAAACUGCCUAGAAGAUGCUGUACAGAGUGAGUAUAGGCAGUACCUCCUCACACCCAUCCCCAGCCCCUCCACGCAGACCGAGAGGAGGUACAACCAUGCCCAUGCUGCCAUAUGCCAUAGGGUGAAGUCUGCCGUUGGGUUAGUGCGGCGACGGUUCCAAUGCAUGGCGAGGGAGCUCCGUUCGAACCCCAAGACGUCCUGCGCUGUCAUCAUGUCCCGCUUUGCCCUCCACAACUUCCUCCUGGAGCGUCAAGGCCCAGGGCAGGUCUCCGAGGGUCUGUGUGCCCCCGAUGACGGUCCACAAGAAAGGUUUGCUGGGGAGAGUGAUGCUGAAGGGGAGUCCUACAGGCGCCACGUCCUGCACGAGUGGUUCAGCGACGAGGCAGAGGACCAGGAGACUCACCUUGGCCCUUCAGAGUGUUGUGUUAACCAGCCUGCCCCGAUGUCUGCCCUGUGGACCUCCUUCAGGAUAGACUGGCACUCCUCUCCCCUGCACGCCUUGGCCCUCCCAGCCUUCCUCCCGCACAGAGAGGAGGAAGAACGUCCUUCCUCCACCCCCAACAAGUGGCUCCCGAAGGUUGACUGACGGCUGAAUCCGCCACUGCAUCUAUGGCUACUCUCCACCCAGGCCAGGACAGGGCAGAUGGCUGGAUGGUUCGCUCGCUGCCUUGAGGGGUAUCAUCAUGCCACUGCGUCCAUGGCUACUCUUCAUCUACGGCGGGCAGGAGAGGGCAGAUGGCUGGCUGACUCGCUCGCUGUCUUGCCUGCAAACUGGCUACCUUGGGGUGCUGUGAUGCCAGGCAGGGAAGGACCUCACUGCCACACACGCCUGGAAGAAGCAACAGUGACAUAAUCAAGCCCCAUUCAGCUCCCUCAGCCACCCAUCUCAUCACUCGGGAACUCAAGAAUUCCUGUAAGGCAUUGUUCCCCCAAGUAUUUGUAAGGUCAAUCAAUAAAGGUUCUCAAGGGACACUGCUCUUGUCUCUUCUACCUUUUCUCCAGGGCCUCUUUUUGGUAUUUUGGACUUUUAGUGUAGCAGAGAAGGCUGUAUUCAUGUUAAGCCCUGAAACAACCUUAUUUAUAAGAUAUCUGAAAUACAGAGGUCCAAUUCAUUGUAUAGUAUUAUGGACUUCCACUGGGCUUGAAACAAUAUGACAUUGAUCAUAAGUUUAUAAAGAAGAAAAAGUUACUAAAACCACAGAAACGAGAACUUUACCUUCACGUUACUUGCAUGAAUGGAGGCUGCCAGGGAGGGAGAACACACUGCAUGAGAGGGGAGCAACCUCACAGGAGACCAAGUAACAGUCUGGUCUUGUGGCAUCUCUCUCCUUCUACGGACACUCCUGGGAUGAACUGCGCUGGAAGUAUCUCUUGUUCCGCCACCAUCAC